CACAGCCGGAAUAAGAUCAUCUGCACUCUUUAUGAGCCUCGAUCAUGCCAUUAUCGGAUGGAUAACAGAUCCACUUUUACGCAUAACAAUUAAUGUGACAAUCAGCAGGUUUUUACUGGUGCUGCUGGUCAUGCAUUUUUCAGACACCCCACGAGAAUCGAGUUUCGCCCGUGGGAACAGCUCGAACACCUGAGUCACCUGCGUGAACGUUGACUGAGUCAGGAACAGGACACGGGAAGCGCGCGCGAGCAUGGCCGCGAUGCCGCCGACCUUUGGCUUCACGCAGGAGCAAGUGGCGUGUGUGUGCGAGGUGCUGCAGCAGGGAGGGAGCAUCGAGCGCCUCGGCCGCUUCCUGUGGUCUCUGCCGGCCUGCGAGCAUCUGCACAAGAACGAGUCCGUGCUCAAGGCCAAGGCCGUGGUGGCGUUCCACCGGGGAAACUUUCGCGAACUCUACAAGGUGUUAGAGAGCCACCAGUUCUCGCCGCACAACCACGCCAAGCUGCAGCAGCUGUGGCUCAAGGCGCACUACAUCGAGGCAGAGAAGCUGCGCGGGAGACCCCUCGGUGCCGUGGGCAAGUACCGGGUGCGCAGGAAGUUCCCGCUGCCGCGCACCAUCUGGGACGGCGAGGAGACGAGCUACUGCUUCAAGGAGAAAAGUCGCUGCGUGCUUAAAGAAUGGUACUCCCAUAAUCCCUAUCCCUCACCCAGAGAGAAACGCGAGCUGGCCGAGGCCACAGGGCUCACAACCACACAGGUCAGCAACUGGUUCAAGAACCGCAGGCAGAGGGACCGCGCCGCUGAGGCCAAGGAGAGGGAAAACGAGGGCGUGAAUCAGAAUGGGCACAACCCGCUGCCGUCUCAAAUGACCGAGAACAAAUCUCAGUGUGAGAGCUCUGAUGACGAUAAAUCUCCACCAGGGACCCCAGAUCACCCGUCCAUGAGUCCUGCUCUGCUCCUGCCCUCCAGCUCAGGCUUGCCGCCACUGCAUAGCUUCGCGCCCCCGGCAGGUCCCAGCGCCUCUGACACGCACCACCCUCAUCCUCAUCCUCAUCUUCAUCAUCUUCACCCUCAUCAGCAGCACAGCCACCAUGAGCAGCAGCAUCUGUCCUUGCACGACGGCCUCCUCAACCCCAUGGCGGCCAGCCUGGUGGACCUUGGCUCCUAACAAUUUAGCUGGUGUUAGAGUGCAUGAGCAAUGCAUAAAAAGACCACUUAUCUCCUGAAACCAAAGAAGACGAAGACAACUAUGCAUUAAUUUCCCAAAUGUUAUACAGAAAAUGCGGUUUGUUGCGGGACUAUCUUCACUGAAAUGUUUGCCUAUGUGUUGGGACACUGUGUAGUCUUACAAAACCAGUAACCAAUUUCCAAAAAAAGACCAAAGAGCGAAGGGCGACGUCCAUCUUGUUUGUGCCUUACAUGCAAGACGAGGAGGUACACCUUCAGCAUUAAGCCUACGUGAUAAGUCAUUAUAAAUCACCUGAUAGAUUUUGAUAUAUCUUG